CCUUGCUAGCGCAACAAAUGUUGCAGAAUUCGGAAUUUCAAGUCGUGCCGUCUCUAUUUUGAAAAGUCUACAUUGCAUCCGUCGUAGACAUUAUCAGUGAUUAAAAAAAGAAACACAGAACCCCGCCGCCACGUCUCGAACCACAUGUAUCCCAUGUGAUUUGCAAGUUUAUUUUAUAUUCCAACUGAUUUAACUUUUAUAUUUACGUGAAAAAUUUCGCGCCCGUAUUUUUUUGCGAAGAAUUUCCAUCACCUAAUAUCCUACCUACUGACCUACCGAGAAGAAAACAAACCCGUCGCUAGCCAAAAGUAGCAAAGGCAACCUUCUCUCCCGAAACAUGACGAAACUCGUCCUAUCAACCGGGAACAUCGUCUCGGGAGGUCCCUCCAUAAUCCGCAAACCGGGCGCUUUCCGAUCGAACCUCGAACUCACAAACUCCCUUCGCAGCAACUUCCUCGCCGCGCAGGAGUACUACGCUGCCGAGGCCGAAGCAGCGGCGCACAACGGCAACGGGAACGGCGCCGGUAUCGGCAACGGCAAUGGCAACGUCAUCACCGGAGACAGGCGCAGGGUGCCCGCCUCGAUAUGGACGACCAGAGAGAAGGCUUCGCUAAAGAGGAAGGCCGGCGGUGGUGAUACCGCGAGGGACCCGCAGCAAGAACAAGACGAGCAAGACGAGGUUCUGUACGUGCCGCGCAUAGACUGGUUUGCGGCGGGGCUUCAGGAGGAGGCUUCACAAUACGACAUCACGGCGAAGUUGUUCUUCCUGCCGACGGCCCCCGUCGCGUCGCGUCGUCGUUAUGCCCGCGAAGCAUUGUCGCUCGUGUUGCGGGAGCUCGGUGUUCGGGCAGUUGAUCUGCUCAUAGUCUCGCUUCCUGGAAUGUCCUUUGAGGGAGACUGCGAGUGGGAGGCCGACAAGAAGAAUGGGGAGCAGGGUGACGAUGAGGAGGAGGCGGCGACGUGGCAGAUCGUUGAGGAUCUGCACAAGGAGGGCCUUGUCCAGCGGCUUGGUCUUUCCGAAUUUGGCAGCGAGAAGCUGGCCAGGUUCCUGGCCAGGAAGCCCACGAUCCGUCCUGCAGUGGACCAGAUAAACGUCAAGAACUGCUGUAGUGUGCCGCCGCCGCUAGCGAAGCUGGCCAAGGAGCAGAAGAUCGAGCUGUUGGUGCACAGUGACUGCACGGAUAUCCUACCGCAAGGCACGCUGCGCGAACUACUUGGACCGGGGAUCCGCGGAGCAGAGAUACUCGCUUCCGAAUCUGGCGGUGAUGAGGAAGAAUAUGAGGGUGGUCUCCUCAAGGGUGAGAUCACUCCCGAGUGGGUGAUCAAAUACACCGCAGUGGUCAGGGACCGCGGCGUCAUUGAAAACAAAGGCUAUUUCGCUGGGGCGGAGCUUCGCGAGACAUGAUUUUUUUUGGCUAGAGCUGGCCUGCCAAUGUUGCUCGGGGCUUCUUUUCUUUGCAUAAUGCCCAUAUUCAGGAUCCGGGUAGCGUGCGGUACUAUUUGGCUUCUUUUAUAACGAAAUAACGAGCGAGACUGUCGGACAUGUAGCACUCAAAUGCGUGAAAUCGCAAAUGCUGUUUUAAAAUAUGUGUUGUUCGAGGCUUGAGUAUAAUACGACAAUAGACUUCGCAUCAUUUAUCAUGGUCCAUCAUGUCACUUUUGUUUCUUCCCGUUCCUGUUUAGUUCUGUGGCCUUUUUCUUCGACAGGUUUCCAGAUCUCAUCCAAUCAUGCUUCUCUUGCGUCCCCUCAUCCGCACGUCCUCCAAUUUCCUCAGUACCGGCGUUGCUUGUUUGAAGCCCUCCUGGUAUCCCUUGAGGACUUGGUCAAAGACAACCUCGGCCUUAGGAUGCGUGCUUCCAAAUGCUCGCUCCAAGACAUAGAGGUCCACAGCCCUAUCCUCGUCUGAAACGCUCUGGCUCGCCAGACCAAAGUCGAUCACGACCACGUCGCCAUCCAGAAGCCUAUCCUCGGCCACCUCGCCCUGGUCCUUUGAAGGACGGAGCAUCAUGUUGCUUGUGGUCAAGUCACCAUGCACUACGCCAACGCGAUGUAUAGCCGCGACUGCGGUACCCAUCUUCCUCAUGAGCUUGACGAGCUGCUCGUCUUCCUGUAUCGCGGUCAAAGUGCCCAACCUUAUCCUCCGCUUCAGCCACUCGUUGAUGCUCACUCGCACCGGCACCCCCUCUAUCCACUCCAGCAUCAACCAUCCCGCCGCCUCGUCGAGCGCGUACACAGCCGGCACGCCAGCGGCGGUGCCAUCGCGCCUGCACUUGGACAGGAUGCGCGCCUCGGCGAGGAUGCGCUGGCGCGUCAGGCGGGCAUCCAGGAUCGGAUGUCGGUAUGGUUUCGACGGCCGGUGCUUGAGAGCACACGGCAAAUCCGGCCGCAAGUAUGUUGUCUUGUAUAGGCGGCCCUCGGCGCCUUGUGUAAUGAGUGUCGGUGGUGCACUGGCGGGGUGGGUAAGGAUCGUGGGCAAGGGGAAGGGGUAGGAUGAGGGGUCAGGACAAUUGGUUUGCGACCCCGCCAUCGCGAUCUUGGCGCCGGCCAGUUAGGGCUGUUUUUGACGGACGGUUCAGUUGAGGGUGAGUAGUAAUAUUUCGGUGGUGGCAAGUGAUAGGCCCGCUUCUGCGUUAUUUCUUGAUUUUCGCUAUUUUGUUU